UUAAUUUCAUUCCUUGUUGCUCUGAUGAGUCGAGCUUCAUCAACCUAUCACGUAAACCGAAUCCGAAAUAUACAAAGCAACUUAACCUUAGCAGUUCGCAAAUAUUUCUCUUCAAAUUCAUUCUCUAAGGUUAAUUCACUACUCAUUCCAUCCUCUUCUUCUUCAUCUCAACUGACGGUCCCUGGUGUAGACUCCAAAUCUGGUUUAAACCCACUUUACCAUCUUCUUCCGCCGAACCAAAACCCCACCAAUAUUGUCAAUCUCAUCUGCUCAAGCCUCAGACAAGAAAACACGAGCCUUUCCCUUCUCCAAAAUAGCAUAAAAGGCCUUCUUCCUCAUCUGGGUACCCGUGAAAUUUCAAGGGUUUUGUUGAGAUGCCAAUCUGAUCACUCUUCAGCUCUUAUUUUCUUUAAUUGGGUUAAAAAUGAUCUGGGUCUCAAACCUACCACUCAGAACUAUUGCCUUAUUCUCCAUAUUUUGGCUUGGUCUCGAAAAUUUUCACCCGCCAUGACAUUGUUAUCUGAAUUGAUAGGGAUGGUUAAAGAUGUUUCGCCAAAGGAGGACAUAUUUCAAACUUUGGUCUUGUGUACCGAAAAUUGUAACUGGGAUCCGGUUAUCUUUGAUAUGCUCAUAAAGGCUUAUGUAAAAGCAGGUAUGAUUCGAGAAGGUUUUAUUGCUUUUGAAAAGAUCGUAGAGGUAGGUUUUUCUCCCAGUGUGAUUUCUUGUAAUUGUCUUUUGAAUGGGUUAGCGAAACUGAAUUAUGUUGAACAGUGUUGGCAUGUUUAUGAAGAAAUGGGGAGAAUUGGAGUACACCCAAAUGGUUAUACUUUUAAUAUUUUGACUCGUGUCUUGUGCAAAGAUGAGGAUGUGGAAAAAGUGAAUGCUUUUAUAGAAAAGAUGGAAGAAGAAGGUUUUGAUCCUGAUGUUGUUACGUAUAACACUCUAAUCAGUAGCUACUGCAGAAAAGGUAGACUAGGGGAUGCAUUUUACUUGUACAGAAUCAUGUAUAGGAGGAAUGUCAUUCCAGAUUUGGUUUCCUUUACUGCCUUGAUGAACGGGCUCUGUCGACAGGGAAGAGUGGGGGAGGCUCAUCAGCUUUUCCACAGAAUGGUCCAUAGAGGGUUGAAUCCAGACAUUGUAUCAUAUAAUACUCUUAUUCGUGGUUAUUGCAAUGAUGGAAAGAUACAAGAAUGCAGGUCACUAUUGCAUGAGAUGAUUGGGAAUGGGAUCCUCCCAGACAGUUUCACUUGCAGGGUACUCGUCGAUGGAUAUCAGAAAGAAGGUAAGUUGCUCUCAGCUUUGAAUUUGGUUGUAGAACUUAAGAGAUUUGAAGUCAAUAUAUCUCAUGGUAUUUAUGACUAUCUUAUGGUUGCUUUAUGUCGAGCAAAUCACCCAUUUGCUGCUAAGAGUCUUUUGGAAAGAAUUUCUCAAGAUGGUUAUGUGCCUGAUGCUAUUAUCUAUAAUGAGCUCAUUGAGUCUCUAUGCAGAUGUGAUUAUGUAACUGAGGCACUAGUUUUAAAGAAUAACAUGUUACAUAUCUGCACUAAACCCAACCUUGUCACAUACAAAGCUCUUGUGGAAUGCUUGUGUAGAAUACAUAGAACUGCAGAAGGUGAAUCCUUACUGAGAGAAAUGGCUGAAUCUGGUUUAUCACCAGACACGGAGAUGUGCAGGGCAUUAGUAAAUGGAUAUUGCCAAGAAAGUAAUGCCGCUAAAGCAGAAUCACUUUUGGAAUUCUUUGCUAAGAAAUUUCAAGUGUUCGACCCACAGAGUUAUAAUGCACUUGCCAAGGUUUUCAGCGAGGAUGGAGAUGUGGUCAGGUUGUUGGACUUGCAGGAUAGAAUGCAGAAAGUAGGUUUUUUACCAAAUAGCUUGACGUGCAAGUAUGUGAUUCAGGGUCUAUGGAAAAAAGUACAAACUUAAAACUAUGAAGAUUUUGAAUUUUUUUGUGGGAAAACUGAAGUUGCUUGUCUUUUUUGUUACUGAUAUGUAAGCCUUGGGGUCGCUAACUUGGUGUCAUACUCAUAUCAUGUGUUUCUUCUACGGUUAGUUUGGAAAAAUAGCUUUCUCCAAUCAACCAAAAACUAUCACCUAAAAAUUCACAAGAGUGAACUCUAAGGGUUACAUUCACGGCAUCACACUCGUCUGGCCAUAGUGAUAUAAAAAACCAAUAUGAAGAGCAAAAAAAAGGCCUUGUCUCAAACGGCAUUUUCUACCAAGAAAUUACCAGUGAGACGUGUUUAUACACAACCAGCAAGCACAGCUACGUGGAGUCCUUGCUGCUCUUGACUGACCACCCAAAUUAGUACAGAAUAUGGUUCAAAUUAAAAUCCUUCUUCUAUCAGAUUUCAUGUUCCAUGGUGAGAAUAUCUGAAGGAAACUCCAUUUUUAAAGUGGCUGAUUAUCUACAUAUAAUUCAAUAUAGCCUCACUACUCUCGGUUUUAAAAUUCAAGAACAAAAGAAUAUGGCAUUGCUGUUUUAGUCGCUUCCCUUUCAUGUGCAAUCUUUGUUUUGUGGACCAUAAAUUAAAAAUGUUGAUGAAAUAAACUUUAUCUAAUUUGACACU